AUGCUAUCACAGAUUCUUCUGAUCUCGGCCAUUAUCAGCACUGUUCACGUGCAGAAUGUCGAAUGCACCCAUGAAGUGCUCAAAGCUCGUGCUUACAUUUUCGAAGCUGUAAAAGGAGGCAAUCCUGCUAAAACGAUCGGGAUCAUAGAUCUCACCCAGACCGGCACUCUGGUCAAGAUGAACGGUACCGUAUCUGGCCUGAAGCCAGGCCUUCACGGAUUUCAUGUUCAUGAAAAAGGCGAUUUGGGAGAUGGUUGUGUGGCGGCCGGCCCACACUUCAACCCAUAUAAAAUGAUGCACGGAGCUCCCGAUGACUCGAAUCGACAUGUCGGCGAUCUUGGCAAUAUUGAGACCCCGAGGACAGGCGAUACACCGAUACUGAUCUCGGAUUCGGUGAUCUCACUUACCGGUCGGAAUAGUGUGAUCGGUAGAGCCAUCGUUAUUCAUGCAGAUGUGGACGACCUUGGACGUGGAACUUCCGAACUCAGCAAAACUACGGGAAACGCUGGAUCUCGUGUCGCCUGCGGAGUCAUCGGUAUCCUCUAG